AUGCAAGAUCCGAGCUCGCUGCAAGUAUCUUACUUCCCUUCUGGCCCCCUUCUCCAUCUGGUGAAGCUUAUCGGGGUAGUGGAUGCUCCUUCCAGAGAGACGCUUGAAUCGGCACUGCAAAGCGCGCGGAUUCAGUUUACCCUUGACGACUUCACUGGGAGGAUAGAAUGCGAAUAUACAGUGGGAGACGAGCUGACAGAGUACCGUCAAAACCAAAUACUUGUAGGUCAUUGCACUUCAGAUUUGGCCCUUCCAUUUAUCCCGGACCUCAUUUAUCACGAAUCUGCUUGCCAAGCUGCUUAUCUGCGCCUCAAGUAUCCCAACGACGAGCCUGACGUCGUCCCGUCAACUGGCCAGCAACAGCCGAUGAACUUGCCGCCGCCGCCGCAGCAGCAGCAGCAGCCAUUCGGAGUCCCUCAGAGCGGCACGAUGCUGAACGUAGGCAGAGCGGCACGGGCAGCUCAGAGAUGCUGA